CGAACUAAAACUACUGCACGCAUAAGCUCCACGGAUAGCGAGAGGCGUACAACAGAACGUUAUACUCGUAAGAAUCAGAAACUAUCAAGUAGUGUAAUGGCUGACGCAAAGUCGGAAAUCGACAGCGAUGCUGAGCAAAACUAUUCGCUCAACAGCAACGUUGAUCCAAAAAACAUGCAGGAACUAACGAUAUACGUUCAAAAUUUGCUCCAAAACGUACAGGAUAAGUUCCAGACUAUGUCGGAUCAAAUCAUUUCCCGCAUCGACGACAUGGGUACCAGGAUAGAUGACCUUGAAAAAAGCAUCGCCGAUCUGAUGCAGCAAGCCGGCGUCGAAGGGCAGGACAAAUAAUCUGCUCCAAACGGAAACAACUCGUCCUGCGGGAUGUAGGCCAUCCGUUGGGAUUCGCUGUGUUCCAUCAUUUGCUAUACAUUAUUCCUCACCAACACGUAUGCAUUUAUUAUCGGAUCAUUGAAAAACACACAACUCGUCAGCAAAGGGAGAGCUUCUUCUGGCAAGCUGCUGGCAAUUAAUCGGUUUGCAAGCGUUCAAUUAACAGAACGGCACCCUCAGAUAUGGUCCUCGGAUGAAAAUUUAUUGCACAGAUCAUGCAUGGAAUGGCAACAUUAUUGAUAAAGAAAAUAUGUACACUAAGCACUAAGAACGAAUCUACAAUAUAGAACACGUAAGACCAAACGUAAAAAGCAAUCAUUUAUAAGAUGGAGAAAUGUUUCUUG